AUGGCCAAAGCAGAGUCCUCCAAGGCCGCUGCCGGCAACGGCGUCAGACCCAAUCCCAAUGCAGCUGGAGGUGCCAACUACGAGCUGCCAUGGGUUGAGAAGUACCGCCCCGUCUACCUCGACGAUGUAGUCGGCAACACCGAAACAAUCGAGCGCCUCAAGAUCAUCGCCAAAGACGGCAACAUGCCACACAUGAUCAUCUCCGGCAUGCCCGGCAUCGGCAAAACAACCUCGAUCCUCUGCCUCGCCCGCCAGCUGCUCGGCGGCGCCUACAAAGAAGCCGUGCUCGAGCUCAAUGCCUCCGACGAACGCGGCAUCGACGUCGUGCGCAACCGCAUAAAGGGCUUUGCCCAGAAGAAGGUCACACUGCCGCCAGGCAGACAGAAGCUCGUCAUCUUGGACGAGGCGGAUAGCAUGACAAGUGGUGCACAGCAGGCUUUGAGGCGGACCAUGGAGAUUUACAGUGCCACGACGCGCUUUGCCUUUGCCUGCAACCAGUCCAACAAGAUCAUCGAGCCGCUGCAGUCAAGAUGCGCCAUCCUCCGAUACGCACGCUUGACGGAUGCCCAGGUUGUGCGAAGGGUCAUGCAGAUCUGCGAGGCCGAGAAGGUACAAUACUCAGACGACGGCAUUGCCGCGCUCGUCUUCUCCGCCGAGGGGGAUAUGCGACAGGCCAUCAACAACCUCCAGUCGACACAUGCGGGCUUUGGCUUUAUAAACGGGGACAAUGUGUUCAAGGUGGUGGACAGCCCGCAUCCAAUCAAGGUCCAGGCCAUGAUCAAGGCGUGCCAUGAGCAGCGCAUAGAUGAUGCGCUUACGGCGUUGAAAGAGCUGUGGGACCUGGGCUAUUCGUGUCACGACAUCAUCAGCACAAUGUUCAAGGUUACAAAGACGAUUGAUACCUUGAGCGAGCAUGCCAAGUUGGAGUUUAUCAAGGAGAUUGGCUUCACGCACAUGCGCAUCCUCGAGGGCGUCCAAACCCUCCUCCAACUCUCCGGCUGCAUCGCCCGCCUCUGCAAGAUCAACAUGCAGCCCCAGCUCUUCGCUCUUCCUUCGUCGAAGUAA